AUUCAACAUCAGAGAAUUCAUGCUGGUGAGAAACCUUUUAAAUGUGAUGAAUGUGGGAAGGCCUUUGCUCAAAAUCAAAAUCUCAAAAAACAUAGAAUUCAUACUGGAGAGAAGGCUUAUGACUGUAAUGAAUGUGGGAAGGCUUUCAGGUGGAAAACAGGGCUUACUAAACAUCAGACAGUUCAUACUGGUGAGAAACCUUAUAAAUGUAAUGAAUGUGGAAAGGCCUUCUGUCAAAGGGUAGGACUUAUUCAGCAUCAGAGGAUUCAUACUGGUGAGAAACCUUAUGGAUGUAAUGAAUGUGGCAAAGCUUUCAGCCAGUGGAUAGGACUUACUCGACAUCGGAGAAUCCAUACUGAAGAGAAACCUUAUGAAUGUAAUGAAUGUGGAAAGACCUUCAGUCAUAGGCCACUACUUAAACAGCAUAGUAGAAUUCAUGUUGGAGAGAAACUGUAUAAAUGUGGUGAAUGUGGGAAGGCCUUUAGCCAGAAGAUAGGACUUACUCACCAUCAGACAAUUCAUACUGGUGAGAAACCUCAUGAAUGUAACGAAUGUGGUAAGGCCUUCUGCCUUAGAGCACAGCUUAUGCAACAUCAGAGAAUUCAUACUGGUGAAAAACCUUAUGAAUGUAAUGAAAGUGGGAAGGCUUUCAGUCAGUGGAUAGAUCUUACUCGACAUCAGAGAACUGACACUGGUAAGAAACCUUAUGAAUGUAAUGAAUGUGAUACAGCCUUUCAGUGGAAGGUAGCACUCAUUCAACAUCAGACAAUUCAUACUGGAGAGAAAUCAUGAACAUAAUUAAUGAAUGUGGAAAGCCUUUGGCUAGAAGGCAGUUCUCAUUCAACAUCAAAGAUUCAAAAUCUCAUCCUGGAGAGAAACCUUUUAAACAUUAUAAAUAUGAGAAGGCAUGUUA